AUGUUGACCAACAUCAACGAAGAUGACAACCUCCGCCGAAUGGAGCGCAGCGAACUGUACUAUGCAUUCACUCCACAACUUGUGGCCGCCCGGAAACGGUGUGCAAGUGUCGUCAGCCGCCUGAAUACUGCUGGUGAUCUAACCCGGCGGCAAAUAGCCGAGUACUGGAAGGAGAUCACAAACGACGAGAAACCUUUACCACCCCCGGGCACGACAGGGGAUGAAGAAGAUGCAAUCUUACACAAGUAUCCGUGGAUCGAACGACCCAUCAAUAUCGACUACGGAACGAAUAUCGCAGUCGGGAGCAACGUUUUUAUCAACUUCAACUGCACAAUUACUGAUACCUGCAUGGUGACCAUUGGGUCACGAACGCUUAUCGGUCCGAAUGUGUCACUUUACAGUGCUGGCCACCCCACCGAUCCUGAUCUGCGGAAUGGGACCAGGGGCCCUGAGUGGGGUCGGCCGAUUACGAUUGGGAAUGACUGUUGGAUUGCGGGCAAUGUUAUCAUCUUGCCGGGAGUGACGAUCGGUGAUGGAUGUACUAUUGGGGCAGGGAGUGUGGUUACCAAGAACAGCGGUGAUGGUGGCUACAAUGAGACUUGCAGCUGA